CUGUCGUCCGUCAAAUUGCGUUACCACCAUGGGUUACCACACUGAUGAAACAGGCCCUUAAGUUGUUAUGAAUUAUUAUUGACAAUUUGACAUUAUACCUAUUGGUAUUUGGCAAUUUUGGCAUUUGCAAUUGCACAAUUGAAAACAAUUAGUAGGUACACACAGUUAUAUAAUCUUGUGGUUUAAAUCUAUAACUAAAAAGUAAUAAAACAUGAGUUUUAAAUGAAUAAUCCUUUUGGAUUAUUAUUUCGUAUAAAAAUAAAUAUUGAAAUUAUCAGAAAUAUGUCUCACAAAGUGUUCGUGUAUGGUACAUUAAAACGCAAUGAGCCCAAUCACCACUGGCUCACAAAUCCGGAUCAUGGUGUGGGAAUGUUUGUCAGUGAGGGAAAAACUAAAACUAAAUACCCUUUGAUAAUAGCAACUAAAUAUAAUAUUCCCUUCCUGCUGUACAGUCCAGGGGAUGGUCAUCAUGUUAAAGGUGAAGUGUAUGAAAUUGACGACACAAUGCUAAGCAAACUAGAUAUAUUGGAAGAUCACCCCAACUACUACAUACGAGUAAUCGAUGACAUUAUUGUGAACAAUGCUGGAAAAGAAGAAAUAGAAAAAUGCUGGGUGUACUUCCUAAAGAACUUCAGACCGGAGUUGUUGGCCAAGGAACAAUUUGAGAACUACACAUCCGAAGGAUCCCACGGAUUGAAAUACUUGGAAAGGUCCAAAAGAGAUCCAAAUGAUAACUACUAUCCAGAAGUUAAACGAUGAAUUUGAGAAUAAAUUAGUUAGUAAUAAUGAAUCGACGAUAGAUGAUCUCGACGACGAUGGCGACGUUCAACAGAAAUGACUUGAUAAAUAAAUAU